GGUGGGCCCGGCGCAGGAGCCUUUUCUCCCAUGUUGACCGCACCAUCGCAUCAACUGAUGCCCACCAUCUCCGGGCUCCCGGCCAGGUGCGCGCCUCGGCCUCUCCGACUCUUCCUUUCUUCUCUCUCUCGCCUUCGCCUCCGGCCACGGGCAGGAACCGAUCUCGGAGCCCUCCCCGUCGCGGCGUUCUUUGUUGGCGGUUCGGUUGCCGUUUGAUCGGGGAAGAAGAAGAGGGGAGCCGGGAGCCGAAAUGGUGAAGGACAGUGCGUACUACGACAUCCUGGAGGUCAGCACUGACGCCUCCGUGGCCCAGAUCAAGAAGGCCUAUUACCUCAAGGCCAAGCUGGUGCACCCAGACAAGAAUCCCGGCAACCCUGACGCGGCACGCAAGUUUCAGGAACUAGGUGAAGCCUAUCAAGUCCUGAGUGAUCCGGUGAAAAAGGAGUCUUACGACAAGUAUGGAAAGGAAGGUCUUCCCCAAGAUAACAUGAUUGAUCCAACUGCUGUCUUUGGUAUGCUUUUUGGGAGCGACCAUUUUGAAGAUUAUGUUGGUCAACUUGCACUAGCAUCUGUUGCUUCAGUAGAGAUUGAGGAAGAAUCAACUACACCUGAGGCAAGGACAAGGGUUCAAGAGAAGAUAAAGGACGUGCAAACUGAAAGAGAGCAAAAACUUACUCAGAUUCUAAAGGAGCGGCUGCAGCCGUAUGUUGAUGGGAACCAAGAGGAAUUUGGUGAUUGGGCAAAUGCAGAAGCUCAGCGUUUGUCUCAAGCUGCUUUUGGUGAGGCUAUGCUUCACACUAUUGGCUACAUUUAUGUUCGACAAGCAGCAAGAGAACUUGGAAAGAGCAAACUGUAUAUGGGUGUACCAUUCAUAGCUGAGUGGGUAAGGGAUAAGGGCCACCAUGUAAAAUCGCAGGUUAAUGCUGCUGCAGGUGCAAUUUCUCUGAUACAGCUACAAGAAGGAAUGAAAAAAAUUGAGGAGGGCGACAACAAGGAAGAGCUGCUUAUCAAGAGUAUUGAAGAGAAAAAAGAUUUAAUGCUCAAUUCUCUGUGGAAAAUUAAUGUGGUUGACAUUGAGUCAACGCUUUCACAUGUCUGCCAAGCAGUUUUGAAAGAAAAUAACAUUCCCAGAGAUGUACUGAAGUUGAGAGCAAGAGGAUUGAAAAAGCUGGGAUCAAUCUUUCAAGGCGCCAAGUCACACUACCGGCGCGAGAACAGCCUGCGGGUCGAAGAAGGCACGACGAUGGAGGCGGCGCCGUCGCAGUGAGGACGGCUGCGCUCGGAUAGCUCUGCCACCUCUCCCCGAGGCAGCAACAGCCCCCAACGCCCAUCACUGGACGUCUGGACCCUGACAUUGUCUGAAGAUUGGUAUACUACUAGUAUACUGUAUCAAUGCAAGGUAUCUCCCCCUUCUUAUCGAUGAAGGCAUCACUCUUUAUCCUGCGACACGGUCGAUAUCGAUGUGAAUAAUUCCUUGGAAUCAAUUCAGUGUUUUUGUGUCGUACUGGUUUUCAUGACCACCGACCUUGGAUUUCGCUACGAAAUGCAGCAACGUGAGCAGCUCGACUUUGUUUGUA